AUGAAGUCAUGCGCAGCGCUACAGAGGGCCGGGCGGGCUGCGGCCGAGGGCUCCUCACGUCUCCGGGGCUCGUCUCACGGCGCGGCUGGAACUGCGCAGCCCGGGUCUUAUAACAGCCUCCGGCGGACACUGAAGGUUGUAGAGGUGGACGGCAAGAAGGUCGUCACGCUCACCGAUCCGCUGCCGGCACCCCAGGCCGCAGAUGCGUCUUCGCGGCCCGAGCCUCCCGCCAUGACGAGGCCCUCGCUGCCCCUGUCCCCCGUCACCAACGACGAGAUCGCCAAGGCGCGCUACAAGUACAGGCACCCGACGCCCAACCACGCGAAGGAGGACGGCGCCUUCGACCCGCUCCUCAACCUGCACCGGCUGCUCAAGCGCAACCCCUACGCCUACGCGCUGGCCUCGCCCGUCCGCCACUGCCCCGUCACCAACACGACGCUGCCCGUCUUCUUCCACCAGCAGUUCAAGCUCGUCGCGCACACCGAGACGGGCGAGCCCUGGUGGAUGCCCUCGCACUUCAACCUCGGCAGGGGCAAGCAGUUCCAGCCGCGGGCCGACCCGACCGCCGCCAUGCCGGGCAAGGGCGCCUACGCCCUGGCCCGCGGCGAGCUCCUGCGCGCCAUGUCGCCGCCGC